GGCAAAAGCAAGGUGGUCAGUGAAUGCAGGUUAAGUGUCACAACACAAGAACCAACCCCAUUGUUCGACUGCCAUACAUUGAAAGUAUCUGUAGAACAAGCUAAGGCGAGUCAUCAGAGGGCUUACCAGAUGUUACAGUAUUACAUCUAUGAGUAUGGAGAUGUAGAUGUAUUGAACCGGCCACGCCAAAUUAUCCCGUAUGCCAUUCUACAUUUCAAUUACUCGGUGAAUGAGAAUACACUUCAACGCAAAGACAGCAACCCCGCACUUGAAGCUGAUGCGGGUCCAUCAGGUACUUCCCCUACCGGUUUAGGGGUAAACAGGGGGGUUUAUAAUCUGUGGGAGGGUCGCUUGUUGGUGAGAGGGGGCCAAUUCUGCGCGGUGAAACUCGUAACAGAGAUUGAUACAGCGAUUAAUAUCGCUUUCCUGGAUAAAACAAUGAACGUGAAAUAUUGUCUUUCCGUUGAUAAAUUCUCACGGUUGUUGCCUCCGUCCCUGCUCAAUAAAUCGGGCAAGAAAUAUAACGUUAUAUACAGAGGACGAAACUACAGCAUUUUCCACCUCGUGCCUUCAAGUGAGUCUGGUGUCGCCAAGUUCAGGCAGCUUAUCGCGCACCUUGUGCAGAAUGUGUCUGUCGGUGCCGUCAAACUGAAGUUCUCCUCCAUGGUAUACUUGAUGCCCAUGAGUGGGUUAACUAUGGAUAAGAUGGGCUUGGCUGUACCGAGUGUCGCUGACCCACAGAUGAAAAAGGUCUUCCUGUAUGCUGUCGUUGUUACCCCAAAAGCACUCGCAUCUAAAAUUAAUGAGCAAAGAUCAAAUAUUGUGGUGAAUCGGAAGAGGAAAGAUCUUCGGGAGGAUGCGAGGAUUCCCGAGGAGCUGGAGAUGAAACUCGGAAAUCUUAAUAUUGAUCCCGCAUCCAUCGGAUCUUUGGUGCCGGAGCAAAUCAAUCGGUUAUUGGGGGUUUUGAAAGAUAAGAAGAAGUUACAGACCUCUGAGAAGCUUCUCCACAGCCACUACAAAACCAUCGACCCAUUAUUUCCUUCCCACACUAACUCCAAGAAGUUCCUGGGGAAGAUGACAUCAUUAUGGGCGAUGACUCAUCAAUCAAGGACGGAUUAUUAUAAACCAAAGAUGAAGAAAAAGUCGGUAUCCCGUAGCAACUCGUCUUCAAGGUUAAAGCGGGCGGGGACACCCGGUGUUGAGAGCGACGAGGAAGCGACAUUUAGUGCGGACGAUGAUGACGUCAUCAAUGACACCACUGAUGAGGUCAUCACCCCACCAUCCGACCCCCGACCUCCAAAGAGGAAGAUCUCGAUCGAACCUCCGUUGGAGACGAGGCCGAAGAUCGCUCGUCCUUCGUUUAAACCACUAGAGGUCGUGCUAACAUCGGAAGAUAUGGAGGAACUAAUGCAACAUCCUGACUUUAGCCUCAGCUCUCGGUACGAGGUGACACACCACGUGACCACUGGUUCAACAUUUAAACCAACCAUGGAUAUGGAUAAGUUGAAACGGAGAGAGGAUAUGAAACAACAGGGUCAACUAUCCAUUGUAUUCAGACAAGCAGUGCCUUUCCAAACCACUAGUGAUUGCCCUUAUGCGUUUGAAGGGGACUCCACAAUUAAGUCGAUGCUGCGUGGUAUUUAUGGCCCAUGGAAAGAGGACACUACGGAAGAUGCUCAUUCCUCAAUGGAGAAAGUGAGAUGGGUGAGGCAGGUCCUCUUCAGGAACAAGACGGCUCAAGGAGGAAUGAUGAUCAAACAAGAGAGGAAGAUUGUGGAGGAUAACAAGAUUAAACAAGGUGGCAGUAGUGGGGACACAGGGAGUUCAGCCGUUAGCACGACCACCCCAUCUAGUGCCACUCCGUCAUCUUUGCAAAACUUUGCGAACUUGCUCGCUAACGUGCUGCAGGAUAAACCACAAGAUGGCAGUAGGGUGUCAACCGAAGCCGAUUCAACAAACAGCGAGAUUCAAGCGACAACGCAGAAUAUUCUACAGGCGCUUGCCAAGACAGUUGAUGAGAAAGGUUUGGAAUUCCCUGAUUUGAGAGAAGUGAUGAACGAUAUGCAGGAUAAAGGGGGAGAGCAAGCUAAGGCGUCCCACUCGGUAGCUUCCCCACCUUGUGCCCCUGAUUCUACGACCAAACAAAGCCCUAUUAUGACAUCACAGAAGACCCCACCACAAGAAUGGAGGAAGAUGAGGACCGCAUCACCCCGCCACCUCCGCCUCCCUUCCUAUCCCUUCCCACCAUCCAACCUUGCUCUUCUACCUCUGGAUGGGAAGAUACCAAGCCCGAGGAUCAGCAAGACCCCUACGACCCACGAGACCCCCCAAUCGACCACAGGGGGCAACCAUACGACCCUAGGAGCCCCCCUGUUACCCAGCCCCACCAAUCGUAUCCACCAUACAGGGAUAGUCCCCCCUCACCGCCUAGGAGGCCCCUAUAUUACCCGGAAUCCCCAACAAGGCCCAGACAAAGGUCCCCAUCACCCCAGAGUCCACCCAUACUGGCACGGUGGUCCCCCAACCCUCACUCCCACCCCUCCCAACCCCAGAGACCCCCGGAUUCAGCCCCUCCACACCAAAGGUACCGUGAAGACCCCAGGGAAGCCUACCGACCCCAAUAUUACCAUGAACACCAUGAUUACCCCAACCAUAGGGGGCACGAGGGGUACCAUGGCCCAAACGAGCGCCGCGAACCCCAUCGGGCCGAUUCAUGGGGCUACGAACCCCACCGAGGUGGACCCUUCCGAGCUCGCCCGUUCCGUUCUCCAGAAACUCGGCAUCCUUCCUGGGACUUACCCCAAGAACGACCCCCUUACCAAGACAGACCCCCGCAAAGGGCCCCAGACAGACCCCUUCCCCUUGACAGGGCACCAAAAAGGAACCCACCUCCAGACAGAGCCCCACCCCCAGAGCGACCCCCUCCCCCCCAAAGGUGGGGUCCUCACCCACAAUACCCACCUGCUACUCGCUUCAGGGAGCAUUGGGAAGGUAACUACCACCGCAGGUAGCACCUUGAGUGAGGGUUUGGGGAAAGGUCGAUUAUUUUCUGACCGAAUCGUAAAAACAUUUGAAACUUCCACUUUGCAGCCAAAUACUAACUUUGUUGUUGAAAUUAAGAAUACUUUGUCAGCUACACCAGCUGUAUCUAAAGCACAAGAUAGAAACAAUAACUUGAUUCACAUUAAAUUGCAUGAAAAUGUUGGAAAAGAAGACAAGAUGCCUGUUUUAAAGGAUCAAGAUAUUGCUAAGAUGGGAUCAAAAGAUAGAAACCGUAAUUUGAUCGAAAUCGAUUUAUUCGAAAAUAAUAAAACAGAAGACAAGACACCUGUUGUAAAAGAUAGAGAUGAUGGCCAUAUAAGUGUGAAAGAUAAAAACAAUAAUUUAACUAAAAGUUUGGUCGGAAAUGUUGAAAACUUUGGUGAAGAGAAAUUUGGAGAGAAGUGUAGCGAAGAUAAGGAUGUUGCUGGUAUCAGUGUGGAGGAAAAAGAUAAUUCUAAUCUUCCCAAAAUGGAGUUAUCUGAAGAUUACAUUAAAAAGAUGCGGGAAAAGUUAAAGAAGAGAAGAUCAGAGAAGAAGAUCUUCAAAGAAGUCAAUGCAACGCAACAUCCGGAUCAACGAGAUCUUCCUGCAUCAGAGGAUCACAAACCAACAUCCUCUGUUGAUCACGAUCAAAGUUAUGCCUUCCCCACUUUUACCAAACCUUUUAAAGAUAUUUCUUUAACUUCCAGCAUGGCUGAAGCUUAUGUAGCGUUAGAACGACUACCUAAGUCAUUGGAACCAACUUAUAUACCAAGAUAUCAAGCUCAUACUUACACAACUACACCUGCCACAACUAGAGAACAGAAUCCAGUCUACAAAGAUCCAACAUCCAAGAUUCUAUUUCCUACAUCAAAGGAUAAAACUCCUAAACCUGAAACUCAGGCUCCAGUGUCUAAACAACUAAUUCCAACAUAUAAAAACCAAGCUUCUACCUCCAGGAAAGAGAAUCUUUCAUCUAUUGAUGAUGUUUCAUUGCCAGAACGAACUGUAACAUCCAAAAUUCCAUCUCCCACAUGUAAGGAGCAAGCACCUGCCUCAAUGGAGCAAGCUCCUGCCACUAACCCAAACUUUUUGUCCGAAAUCGAUGAUAUUUUAUCUCAAGUGAGGAGUUCUGCAACUGAUGCUUCAUCUUCUGCUCUCUCCUCUCGCCUCCUUCAACUUGCUCUUCAACUUCAAACAUCCAGAACAAAGGAAGAAUCAUCAGAAAAAGUAAAAUCUGAUGACAAUUUGGGAAAAAAUGUUGAAAUAGUUGGAAAAUUAAGAAAAAAUGAUGAAAUUUCGAAUAAAUUGGAGCUAGAAGCAAAAGAAGAAAAGUUUCUACAAACAGAAGAUACAAAUAUACCGACAAGUCCAGCUAAAGAAUUGGGUAAAACGUUUGAUAAAGUUUCUUCAGAAGUUGAGGAUAUAGUUAGUUCAGAUGACGUAAGGGAAACGCAUACCCCAACAUUGGAUGAUACGUAUGACCAUAACCUUGCUGAGGAUAUGAAAUCUAACAUGCACACAUCGUAUUUGAACCUUAAUAAAUUAUCAACUCUUUCAAGACCAACCAUCCCAACUUCAAGUAAGGUUCAACAUAUCUUGGAGAAGAUGACGGACUUAACGCGGCAAAAAGUUGACAAUCUUGAAUUGAAACCGGUUGUUAUUUCAACCAGAGUUGAAAAGUUCGUAAAACUGGUUGUUGAAUCGUUUCUCAAAAAUGUUGAGUCACAAUUAAGUAGUGAUGUUUCACAAUCACCAUUAUCUGCUGAUUCACCAUCAGAACCUCCCAAAUUGCCAUCAAAAAGUGUUGAGUCACUUUCAAAAAUCGCUGAAUCUGCUGACUCACACUCGAAAACUGCCGAGUUGCUUUCAGAAUCCCCUGAGACACAAGUGAAACUAACGACUUAUGAAAACACCUUCCGAAAAAGUCGCUCGUUGGAAAACCGUUCUGUGGCCCAUGUUAAACCCCAACCUGGCAACACCCCUCCCCCCAAGGGCCCCCGAUUUUACAUCUUUAACCCUCGAGGACACCCUGAUUGCUCCGAGAUGGAAGAUCUUCUUCAUUCGCUGAAAGGGGUUCGUUUCCAUCCACACGAUGUCACCAACGCCAUCACACGUAUGACAUCAUCAGAGGGAGGGGGAAUCCCCGUCAACGAGGAUCUGCUGCAUAAAGUUUUACCCCCAGAACAUUUGUGGAUUGUUAUCAGGUCAGGUGACCUCGAACUCCUCCCUUCCCUGCCUUACCUUGGUUUGCUUAAAUGCGCCGGUGCCCGCGUGCAGUUCGUGCAAGCUGACUCCGCAUGUGCUGUUCGUGACCACCAGUACUUGAACAUACUAAAUGGUGAAGGUGGGAUCAUUAUACCGGUGUCUGCAAGCGUGAUGCUUAAUAAUCAUGCUGUGUUCUUCCAACUCUUUGUAUGGUUAGUAAGCACAGGAAACCUCCCAUCGAGGAGCAAUGGUAGUAAUGUUUGGCGGUUGGCGUUGUACCAUCAUAUACGGAGCCAUCUUCAUAACAUUAAACAAAGCCAAGUUUCCUCCACUGAAGAUCAAUUCAAGUUCUCCCAUGCGGUGUUACGAAUGUUGGAUGACAAACCACGUUCCACCAUCCAAGUGGAGAGCGACGGGCACGACCCGACUCCAUCGGAAGUAUUCGAUACAGCGAUACAAUUGCAAUUGAAACACGCACAGAACGCAAGACAUGUGGUUGUCCUGGUUGACCAAGACCACAAGAUCCACCACUGGAGGGCACUACGUAAAGCAGGGGUUGCCGUAGCGACCGUAAACCAAUUCAUCGGCGCAAUACUCGAGGAAAACGUGGCUCGUGAUAAAUUAGAUGUGACGCAGAGGUUCAGCCCUAUCAUGAAAAUAUACAACGUACAACGAUGCUAGUGUCGGGGUUGGGGACAGCUUUGAUCUUAAAUCCUAGAUCCCAUGGCAUGCCUCAAUGUAGGACCUCACCCAUAUAGAAUAGAAUGUGCAUAUACAAUGUUGGGGUAAUGGGCAACUCUGGUCUAAAUCCCAGAUCCUCAAGGACCUCACCCAUAUAGGAUAGAACGUGCUGGUGUUAAGGUUGCUGGAGGGAGUAGAAAAGACGUUCCUUUUGUGCUGUGGACUUGGGGUUUGAAGUGUUUGUGUCUGUCUAUAUUCUGGUAGUUUAUUUUUUAAGAAAACCAACAUAUCAGUAAUGAACAGGUUACUUUUAUCUAGGUAUCUCUACUAUUAUUCUAGAGAAUUAGAGAUACACCUGAUAAUUAUGAAUCCCCGCUUUCUGUGACUUGGUGCAAAUAUUAUGUUUCUGUUUUCACCAAUCAGUGUCAAAAUAAUGUUAUAGAAUCGCGAACAGCAGAUGUGUUUGUUGGUUGCUUGUGACUUAACAAUGGAAAUUGUGUUUUAAUGCAAAGUUUCAAUAUUUCAUUACAAUAAAUUUUCAGCAUUUAAUUAAAAUUAAAAUGUUUUCAUUUAUUUUUGUUUUAAAUUGUUGCGUUUUUCGUUACUGAUUUGGUGGCUAGACAAAUUUUAGCUAUCAAAAUAAAACUGUUCCUGUAUAGGUGCCUACUAUGGUGGUCUUUAUACGUUUGAUCCACUUUUUUGAUGCAUUGACCCGAAUUUGUUACCCAGAUUAUUUACAUAUGGUAAAACGACAUUCCAGAACAAGCAAGCAUAGCCUACCUGGUAAAAGUCAUUGCUUCUCUAACCUGUGGUGUAACUGUAUAUCUACCUGUCACUUCCCUGCCUUUAUAAAUAUGUUGCCUCUUUGCUGUUUUAAACAUCCACAAAUAUCUUUACUAUGGUUGCAACUAUAUGGUCAAAUCUAUUGUGUUCUGUUGCUUUUUAACUUGUAUCCCCCCCUCCCUCCCAUUAAUACCAACAAUCUGUUAUCCAAUCUCAAGGCUUCUUAAGCUCUGAAAUACUGGUGCGGUAACUUUCACAAAUAAGCAAUUUUUUCCAGAAAUGGUAUGGCACGUUUUUUUUGUAAAACUGCUAAAGUAUUCUGACAAACCUUUUGUUUUUGUUGCCUAUACCAUGUUCCCCACAUCUCCUGGAUUUCAAAUUGAAAUCCUACUUUAAUAAUGACCUCAAUGUAUCAUGUAAUACCAAGGCUUCUCAAUGAAUAUGCUACAUCAUGCUGUUACAUACUGUUGAUACAGUAACAUUCACUAAAUAUCAAUAAUUGUGAAAACGUUUCAGCUUGUGUUUUGUAAAAUUGUAGAUGUAAAAGUUUUUAAAAUGUUUUGUGCUACAAACAGAUCCAGUGAGCCAAAUGUGCUGUAAGAAAAAGUAUUAGAAACCAUGAAUAUUUCUAUGAAAGAGCAUAACAUUAUCUUUUUUUAAUUUGUUGCUCUACCCAAAAACAAGUGUGCUGUGGCUAAAAGGUUAAAGAACAUCUGUUUUAUAUUAACCAUAUACCGAAAACAGUUUUGUAGCUUUCCUUUGCUUUUGUACAUUCACAUUUUCCUCUUACCAG